AUGGCUUUCCGAGGAUUUUUGCCUUUGAUGAACCGAUGCUUGGUCCGACGGGCCGUUGCCGAGACCAAGACUGCUGGUGGAAUCAUGCUCCCAGAGACAUCCCAGUCCAAACUCAACAUCGGCGAAGUCCUCGCUGUCGGCGAAGGUCUCCGACUCGAGAACGGCACCCUAGUCCCAAUGUCAGUCUCCGUCGGAGAGAAGGUUCUUCUUCCCGAGUUUGGCGGCUCCGAGGUCGAGCUUGAAGGCGAAAAGUAUAUGCUCUACCGCGAUUUGGACUUUUUGGGCAAAUUCCAUUGA